AUGACUGUGAAUGCUGGCCCGGUACGCGAAAUGAAGAACACAAGCUUAGUGUCAUGGAAACAAGAAUGCUGUUGGACACUGGGUGUCACCCUUCUAGGUCAUGUCUGUAAUGACACAGUUCGCGCAAGGAUGAAAGUUGCUCCCAUCGUUAAGAAAAUACACGAAAAACGACUGCGAUGGUACGGGCAUGUCGCAGGAAAAAGACCACGGGAGAGGUGGGUGGACAAAAUCAGAGCUGACCUGAAAGAGCUUAGGAUUGACGAACAUCAUGCCUUAGAUCGAGAAUACUGGAGACAGUUGACUCGCACAGCAGACCCUGUGUAA